AUGGGCAUCAUCGUCGAGGACCGGAGGCCCUUCGCCUCGCGCUGGGACGGCCCCGCGCGCAGGCGUGGGAAGGCCAAGCGCGACCGCGACGUCCUCCGGUCGCCGUCGUACCUGGCGUUGCGUAACCAUGUGGUCCUCAGCGACUUGGAGGGCGACCGCCGCAGCCCCAGCCCCGCCCAUGGACGUGCGCGUCCCGACCGGAACUUCGACGGCGAUGAGUGCGAGGACAGGGGUUGCUGCUCGCCGAACGACGACGACCUCCACAUGCCGCCACACGACGACGACUUCUACGUGCGCAUCGAGAGCCCGGACCGUCUGUUCAAGUGCGUCCGCUGCCACGACAUGCUCUCCUCCACCGUCUACGAGCUAGAUUUCCUCAUCAUCUUCCCUGACAUUCGUGUCGCCGUCGUCGUCGUCGACUUGCAGUGCGCCGAGGGGCACGUCACCUGCGCCACCUGCCACGGCUCCGCAAACGGCGCCGGCGCCGCCGGCGGCCACAAGUGCAGCCACUGCGGCUCGCCGGAGUACGCCCCCAGCCGCGCUGUGGCCAACUGGCUGAGGUCCGUCCGGUUCUCGUGCCCCAACUACCAGUACGGCUGCCCGUCCUUCCUCCCGAGGCACGAGAUGAAGGCUGAUCACGAGGCCACCUGCCGCUACGCGCCGGUCUUCUGCCCCCUCCGGCACUGCUACUUCGGCGGCGGCCCGGCGGACGAGCUCGAGCGCCACCUCACGUCGCGCCACGACUGGGACGUGGUCGCCUUCCGCUACGGCGAGCCGUUCCGCGUGCGCGUGCAGCCGUCGCAGUCCCUGCUCCGCGCCGAGGACGGCGAGAUCUUCCACCUCUGCUCGGAGCUGGAGCCCGGCGGCACCGCGCUGUCGAUGAUCCGCAUCCGCCCCGAGAACGCGGCGGCGGCGGAGUUCACGUACGAGCUGAGGACGCCGGCGGCGGCGGGGCUGCGGCACGGGCUGCAGAUGCAGUCGACGGUGUGGGCCACGUCGCUGUGGCGCGGGGCGGAGGGCGCCAACCCCGUCUGCGUCACGGUGCCGGACGACAUGUUCCCGCUGGAAGGGCCCGAGCAAGACUCCGUCGAGGUGCGCGUCCACAAGGUGGCGGCGCCUGGCCCCCCUGCCAGGGACAACUAG